UUGUCACCAAUGGACCAGCUGUACAAGGCGUUCAAGGCCCAUCUCAGGCACAACUAUGAAACAGGGAUUACUUGCCAAGGACAUUCCAAGAACUUCGUGCCUUACUCGGUCUUGCAAAAAUAUUGGACACACUCAAGGAUCAAACAGUUGCUUAAGGCCGUCCGAAUUAAGGAACUCACCCCUACGAAUGUCCAAGACGGGUUCUUGCUUGUGAUUUCGAUUCUCUGCUUCAAUUGCAACAUUGAACUCCUUCCCACACUCGUUUCAGAAUCCCUCGACGACGGUCAUCUACCAUGGAAAGACAUUCCAGGUCGUGUCCAGGAUGAAUCCAAUAUCAAUCAGUUGAGACAUUUCUUCGAUUCUCAGUGGAUAUUCUGCCCAAGAUUGAUUUUUGGGCUAGCCGGCGACUUGAACCUUCAUAGAGACACUAUAUUGGCCUUCAAGGCGACAGAGUCAACCGUGCAGGGCCAAGGCAGAGAACGGAACGUGUACAUAAGGGAGGUACUACAAGGAGCGCACAGUCACCUCGAUCAUCCGAUACCAAAAUACGUUGUCGUCAAAUCCUUCCCGCCGCACCUACACCAAGAAUACUUCAAUGAGAGAGUAUCAUACAAUGCCUUUACGCAUGGUACCUCCAAUAUAACCCAGCUCAUGGGAAGUUACAGCUGGCUCUCUGAACAAAACCAACGGACCGGCAAUCUCAUUCUUGAAUACGCAGAGCAUGGUUCCCUCCUUGACUUCUUCGAGCAGAAAUCGCCACCGUACAAGCCCGAUGAGAUAUCCUCUCUUUGGGCUGGCAUUGCCGGCAUUGCUAAAGGAGUAGAAUGCAUCCACGCAUCAACUGGACUUCAUUUAGAUCUCAAGCCCGGUAACGUUGUCGUAUUGUCUGGAGCCGACCCUCUUAAGAAGUUCUCCUUCAUCUUUAAGAUGAUCGACUUUGAGCACAGCUACGUUGCUCCCCAAGACUCAGGCCUAAAUGGCUCCAAACCCGCCCGAACCAAUGAUCAGAGGACAUCCAAGACCUAUGCACCCCCUGAACUCGUCCUAGGCGACGAGAUUAAUUACCAUGUCGGGCCAGAGGCUGACCUGUGGCCACUCGGAUGCAUCAUUCUCGAAUGUGCUGUUUGGAUAAGCCUUGGGGAAAGAGGUCGCCUGGACUUCAUCGAAGGCCGCAUGGCAGAAACCGACCCUCUCAGCGAUUACGAGAAAUCAGGUCGCAGAGAUUGUUUCCAUGACGGUAGAGAGAUUUUGCGCUGUGUUCAUGACUUCGGUCAGCAAAUCAAAGAUCACGGUCGUCGUGACGACGAGAUAACAUCCAAAAUGUUUGAUUUGGCCAUCAAGGAGUUGUUGGUAGAGAAAGACAAAAGGCAGUCUGCGGGGCGCGUUUAUUCGGCGAUGAAAAAAAUCAUCGACACGGAAGCCGAUCGAAGGAGGACCUCGCUUUCCACCCCAACGAAUGGAGCGUUGACGGGGCAGCAUAGCUUGAUAACUGGAAAGCCGGUGAUAGCCUCUCCCACAUCAGAGCAAGAACAUGUCUUGUCCUACACGUCUCAUAUAGUUCUGGAAGGUCGAUCGCCAGUUUCAGAGUCCAACCUUGAGAUGCUCACUGCUGAGCCGAGAUUAUCUCGGAAAGAGAGCCCCACGAUUGGCACAGUAAUUAAAUGGAUCGAAAAAAAGAAGGUCGACGGGGACACGCCAGAGUUGGAGGGAUGGGAAAGUGUUCAAGCCCAGUUGAAUGGUCGCGACUUCAUCUUCGUUAUCGACAAUUCUGAGACGAUGCAAGAACACGAGGACCAGGUCAAAAGCUUUGUCCAUUCUCUUGCUUAUCUCGUCAAGAGACUCGACCCAGAUGGGGCAGAAAUCAUGUGUACAUCAGACCCGAUGACUCGAUCGAAAUUCAAACACGCCACCGGUCACUCCAAAUUCGUAACAAAGAAUUUCAGUCGAGGGAGAGGGGGACCCUGCAACAUGGAAUUUGUCCUUGAGCAAGCACUCGACCCAAUCGGUGAGCAGUUGCAGAGUUCUGCGUCAAAAAGCAACAUUAGACGAACGUCAUUGCUUAGUCUCCCCGGGAUACUCAUCGGUCGCAAGAAACCGGUCACAGUUAUUGUGUUCACUGAUGGAAACUGGGGCUCCUCCACUGGAGGCGGAGCUGAAAACCCAAUCCAAGGAGUCAUUAGUAAAAUGAGAGAUUAUGGGGUCAGUCGGUCAACGGUGGCCAUACAGUUCUUGAGAUUUGGGUCGAACCCAGUUGGCGAACGAAGAUUGAAAUUCCUAGAUGACGACUUGGCCAAGAAAGACAGGAACUCAGGAUUCGACAUCGUUGAUACUCAACCUGUUACUGGGAGUAUUUGGGACAUACUGAUUGGUCCCGUGGACGAGCAUGUGGAUGGGACAGCCGUACAUUCGCCAAGUCAAUGA